AUGCAGACCCGAAGCCGGGCCGCUGUGUUCAGGACAAGUCUCAAGUCACAUCAUCUCCCAGGCGCUCUCCUCUGCCACCUAAAGCUAACCACCGCCGACCGCUUCGAGCAGGCCACCGAGCGAGCCCAAGAGCUGGAGCGCGUCUACCAGGCCCGACGCGGCCAUGCUCCGCAAAUCUCCAUCAGCGACGACAGCCAUCACGUCACCGAGGCCAUUGGCGACAUGUACGGAGACGGCGAGUACUCUCACGCCCGGCGCGACUCGAGACCCUUGAGCUUCGUCAGUUCACCUACCGGCGAAACCUUCGAGUCCAGCCCGUCCUACUUCGCCGCCGCGAAGACGCCGCCGCGAAACAACUCCCACGAACGCACCACCUCCAGCGAACACGGCGCGAAUGGAUCACCCAAGACGUCGUCGACGCCGCCACGCAGUCCCAAGUCGCCGCCCAACCUCAACCGGCAGAGUUCGGACAUGGCGAGCCAGAAAUUUGAAUUCCAAGACAUAGAUUACCAGUCGAGCCCCACCACCAUCGCCCAGGAGCUGAGCAAUUUGCAAGCCAUAAGACGCAUGUCGAUGGACGUCAACGGUUCCGAUCCCGAUCUUCCAUCCUUUGCCAGCAAUUCCUCCCCAAUACCGGCCGCCGCGCCCGCCCAUUCGGCCGAUGACGAUGACCCAUCUCGCAUGUUUUGGGUCCCGGCUAGGGUUCAUCCUGAACUCGAACCGAAAGCAUUCAAAACGUUUAUCGAAGAAAAGGUUCACACCCACAGGCGUAGAUCCGGUGGAUCGGAGGAUUCGUUUUUGUCUACGGAAGGAUUGAGCCACCAGGGCUCGAGCGGGGGACUACGGAGGAAGAAGUCAAUGUUGUCCAAACAGGUCGAUGGACCAAAUGGUUACACCGAUGGCGCAGAAAGGUUAGGAAGGAAGAGAUCGCAGAAUGGCGGAAAUGCCCAUUCACCCACUCUGCAUCAGUUGGAAAGCCUAGCUGAAGACCCGACGACGAUGGUGCGGCGCUUAAGUUUGCACGAAUCUCAAGACUCUGGGAUCGAGAUGCCCACCGCUGAUGACAUACCAAUCCUGCCUAUCAAACCAGGACAGAGCCUGAAGCGUUCGACGAGGACAAACUACCGGCGCGGAAGUCUUCGGAAGGGAGAGCGCGUGCCGUACAGUCGAAGGUUGGCUGGCAAACACAGCGUCGAUAUCGAGUCCGAUGAAUCUCCGGCUUCUUCGCCUGGCGUUACUUCACCUGAUGAAAUGAGCUGGCCGCAGAUGGGAAUCUCCAGAGUCAAGACCGAUCCAGUUCCGCCGAAACCCGAAGCACCGGACAACUUCUCACGGCCCAACAGAGUACGUUCACCGCCUCCGCAUAGCCCAAUCUCACAUCCAGAGGGAGCACAUCAUGCCGGACCGCAUCAUUCUGAAGCACAUCAUGCCUGGGCACACCCUGCGGGCGCCACAGAGCCGAAGGCAGAAGGGCACCCGCAAAAGCAAAAGUCGUUCCAUUCUCGCAUUGCAUCCAACGGCCGAACUACUGCGCCACUGCCGGGUUAUGCUCCGCCCCAACCUCAGGUGCAGCCUCAGGCGCAGCCUCAAGCGCAGCCUCAAGCGCAGCCUCAAGCGCAGCCUCAAGCGCAGCCUCAGGCGGUUCCUCACAUUGUCGAGACACCUCCCCCUGCCGAAUCAACACCCCCACCACCAGUGCCCCCUCAACAUCCGGAGCGCAAAUCUUCCAGAGAACGACCACCGAUGCCCGCCGCUCAAACGGCGCCUUCCGGUUACAGCACGCCGCCGAAGAUCCAUACGCCGCGCGGGUCCAGCCGUUCUCAGUCGCGCCAAGCUCAGGCUAAGCAGCCAAAGCAAACGCUGGAUGACAUGGCUUCGCAUCCGAGUGCCAUUCCAGGCCAUACAAGCGCGACCACAACUGAUUCACUUUCAAUCAUCCCGACAUUUGACGACGGCAGGAAGUCAGACAAGGAAUCAAGAGACGAUGAUGACAAUUCUGAAGGUGGUCCAAGAAAAACAAGUUGGGGUACCUGGUUCUCUCGGAAAGAACGUGAAAAGGCGAAAGAAGAGGAGAGGGAAAGGGAGAGAGCUGGCAAGGACGAGAAAGACGUGGAGAGGAAGAGAUCGAAAUCAAAGCUCACGAAGGCGCCCGACAAGUCCCACGAAAAGUCUCAUUCUCACGACAAGUCCCACGACAACACCCGCCUUGACGUAUUGCAGACAUCAAUUGAUGAAGGCAAGGGACGUGAAAGCGUCGUGCUUGACCGAAACAGCGUCAAACUCGACGAGGAGCGCGCGAAGACGAGUAGUCGGAAAACUUCUAGCGAGAAGAAGGAGAAGGAGGGCAUCUUCUCGUCGAUCUUUGGAGGCAGUAAGAAAAAGGGCGAUCGCGAGUCUUCGGGCAGGAAAACGAGCACCCAGCGCGGUCUUUCGCCAGAACCACCACCACGGGUACUCAAGCCAGAUAUCGACUAUAACUGGACGCGAUUUUCCCUGCUUGAGGAGCGCGCCAUCUACCGUAUGGCUCACAUCAAGCUUGCGAACCCGCGGCGUGAACUCCUGUCUCAGGUGUUGCUGAGCAACUUUAUGUAUUCGUACCUGGCCAAGGUCCAGCAGAUGCACCCACACAUUCAGAUUGGACAGAAUGCAGCUCAGAAACAGCAACAGCGACAAGCUCAGGAACAGAAGAAAAAGGAAGAGGAACAGCGACGCCGCGAGCAGCAGCAACAGCAGCAGCAGCAGCAGCAGCAACCUGACGAGUUUACGCAAUACCAGCAAUACCAGGCCCAGCAAACACGUCCCGACGGUCAAGACCCAGUUUCUAAUGCCUCUGACGGCACUUCAUCCGCGUACGUUGACCGCACCAAUACCCAGUCCGGGUUAGAAAACGGCAAUCCUGCUAGUUCCGACAGCCGCACAUCACAACAAUCCUAUGCUUCCUACUCGUCACAACAACCCUACACUCCGCCAAAGCAUCAGCACAGCAAGUCUAACGGCUAUAGCGUCUCCAGCGGCCAGAGUUACAUGGGUCAUCGAUCGAAGAAUUCGUAUUACUCGCAACACGGCUACGAAGAAGACGAGGACCGAGGGGAAGAUCACGACAUGUGGUAG